CUCACUUCGGCCAAUCCCAAUGGGCGGAUUCUGCAAGACAGCGCGGGGCUGGGCUGCGCCAGAGCGGGGAGUACCACGGCCGCUUUUAUUCUCUCUAGCGCAGUUGCUGGUUGCCUUCUGGUGCGCCGGGCGCGGGAAGGAGGCGUCCGUCUCCCCCAGGGCGGCUAAGUGAGUGCAGCGCUUCUCGUUUCGGACUCAGCAUUUCAUAACAUACACUAUCCUAUUUGCCUUCAGGAAGAAUCCUGAAUCCUACGUACUUCUGUGAAAAUGGCAUUUAACAAUUUGACUUCAAAGGCUGUACUUAUUUAUGAUGAGUGGAUUAAAACUGCUGAUCCACGCGUUGAUGGCUACCUUCUCAUGUCUUCACCUUUCCCACAAACAGUUAUUAUUGCAACUUAUAUAUAUUUUGUCACUAAUCUAGGACCAAAGUUCAUGGAGAACAGAAAGCCUUUUGAUUUGAGGCAAAUAAUGUUUUUUUAUAACUUUGGCAUAGUGGCUCUUUCGAUUUAUAUGACAUAUGAGUUCCUCAUGUCUGGCUGGGCCAAAGGCUAUACAUUUCGCUGUGAUAUAGUGGACUAUUCCAGGUCACCUAUGGCUCUCAGGAUGGUUCGUGUCUGCUGGUUGUAUUAUUUUUCCAAAUUCAUUGAGUUGCUAGACACUGUCUUCUUUGUUCUUCGAAAAAAGAAUGCCCAGGUGACAUUCUUACAUGUCUUUCAUCAUUCAAUCAUGCCAUGGACUUGGUGGUUUGGAGUCAAAUUUGCUCCAGGAGGUUUAGGAACAUUUCACGGUUUGCUCAACACUAUGGUCCAUGUGAUCAUGUAUACCUACUAUGGACUUUGUACCCUGGGGCCAGCAUUCCAUAAACACUUGUGGUGGAAAAAAUAUAUGACAACUAUACAACUGGUGCAGUUCAUUUUGGUGACAACACAUAUAGGACAAAUCUACUUCAUGGAUAAUUGUCAGUAUCAGUAUCCUAUUUUCAUGUUCAUCAUUGGGCUCUACGGAUCUUUGUUUUUAAUCUUGUUUCUAAAUUUUUGGUAUAAUGCUUAUACUAAGGGUCAGCGGCUCCCAAAACAUUUGCAAAAUGGCAUUAGCAGAAACAAAAAUGAAUGAAGGGCUCAUCGAUAAAACAAGAUCUUCAACAUGCAGUACCUGACAAUCAAGAGACUUCAGCACACAGCACACUGGAUGUUUUGUAUAUGGUUUUCCAGGACAAGAAAAUAUAAUUUAUUAUAAAUUAUUUGGAAUUUAAAUUUGAUGUGAGGAGAAAUAAAAACUACCUAGUACAACCUGCAACUUUCAGCAAUAAAGUACAUAUUGUGAAAAUAUUAAACAACAAUUUAGCGGCACUGUUAAAUGCUUAUGUACCUUCAUUAUACAAAUGAAGUGUGUUUGAUAAGUAUACAAUACUUUGAGCACUGAUGAGGAUACAUUCGUUUUAACUGGGUCACAACCUCUUUAGGCUGCUUUUAACUGAAACGGAAAACAGUUUCAUGGAUGAUACAAAACGGUAUAAACCUCACUGUUAAUAUAUCAACUUUAUUUUAUACAAACUGUACUACUGUAUAUUAAAAACUAUGAUUCAUAAGUCUUCAACUCUUUGAAUUUUUUUUAUGUGUCUUAGGGUUUUAAUAAUGGAAUGGUUUGGAGGAAACAUU